GUUGAAGAUAGAUCGAGAAUAAUAAGGUUAAUGGGAUUUGGUGGGUUAGCGAGUGCAGCGUGUUGAUCGAGGUGUCAGUAGCUACGUGGAACUCAAGUCAAACGGUGGUGUGUGCCGCCCGUCAGGCCUCCUCACACAGCUCAGCAUGUACGGAUACCAGCAGCAAGGAGGGCAUCAGUUUCAGCAGUCUGCUGCUGGACCGCAGUACCAACCACCUGCUGGAGCACCACAGCAGUAUGGUUACCAACCACAGCAGCAACCACAGCAACAACAACAGCAGCAGCAGUAUGGACAACAGUAUCAGCAAGAUCAGUAUGGUGGCCAGCAGCAGUAUGGACAGCAGUAUCAACAGGAUCAGUAUGGUGGGCAGCAGCAGCAGCAACAGCAGCAACAGCAGCAACAGCAACAGCAACAGCAACAGCAACAGCAACAGAGCUCAUAUCAAGAGUUCAUUGAGGCACAGGAGAAUAAAGAGGGUGUUCGGUUCUCGUGGAACGUGUGGCCGUCCAACCGCAUUGAAGCCACUCGCAUGGUAGUGCCAGUUGCUGCCACCUACACUCCCCUCAAGAAACGAGAUGACUUGCCACCCAUCUGCUAUGAACCACUGAAGUGUACACAGAUGCAGUGUGGGGCCAUCCUCAACCCCUUAUGUCAGGUUGAUUUUCGAGCAAAGAUUUGGGUUUGUUGCUUCUGUUUCCAACGCAACCCUUUCCCUAGCUCAUAUGCCUCAAUCAGUGAACAGAGCCAGCCUGCUGAACUCUUCUCAACUUUCUCUACCAUUGAAUACACUCUUAUGAGGCAGCAAAAUCUACCACCAAUCUUCCUCUUUGUGAUGGAUACCUGUGUGGACGAAGAGGAGCUGGGUGCCUUGCGAGAGUCCAUCACGAUGUCUCUCUCACUGAUGCCUGCCACUGCGCUGGUGGGCCUUAUCACUUUUGGCAGACAUGUUCAUGUCCAUGUUUUGGCUAAGGAAGUGAUGAGAAAGCAGUAUGUGUUCCCUGGUGCGAAGGACCAGACUGCCAAGACAGUGCAAGAGUAUCUUGGGGUGGGGCUGAGGACCACUGCUCAGGCCCAGCAAAUGCCUGGUCAAGCUGCUCCAGCUCCUCAGCCAGGCCAGAUGAACAACAGGUUCCUGCAGCCUGUGCAGGAGUGUGAGAUUACACUGCAGGACAUUCUGGCAGACCUUCGCCGUGACCCGUGGCCAGUCAUGACAGGCAAGCGGUCUCUGCGAGCCUCAGGGGCAGCCCUCUCCAUCGCCAUUGGCCUACUUGAGGCCUGCUACCCCAACACAGGUGCCCGCAUCCUUACUUUCCUUGGGGGUGCUUGCUCCUACGGCCCAGGCAUGGUGGUGGAUGAUGACCUUCGCAAACCCAUCCGCUCCCAUCACGACAUUGAAAAGGACAACUGUCAGUACAUGAAGAAGGCCAUCAAGUUCUAUGAGGGCCUGGCCAAGAGGGUGUCAGACAACGGACACAUUGUAGACUUGUAUGCCUGUGCCUUGGACCAAGUGGGACUGCAUGAGAUGAAGUACUGUGCCAACUUUACCGGUGGUCACAUGGUGCUUGGAGACUCCUUCAACUCCUCCCUCUUCCGGUCAACAUUCCAGCGUGUCUUUGCCAGAGAUGAAAAGAACAAUCUAGAAAUGGCAUUCAAUGCCACUCUGGAAGUCAAGACCUCAAGAGAGCUAAAGAUUGCUGGAGCUUUGGGACCAUGUGUGUCAGCCCAUGAGAAGGGACCUAAUGUGGCUGAAAUGGAGAUUGGCAUUGGAAACACAACCAAAUGGAAGCUGUGUGGCCUCACACCCAACACCACAAUGUCUAUCUUCUUUGAGGUGGCCAACCAACAGGGGUCUGAUGUGCCAGGAGGGCGUGGCCACGUGCAGUUCAUCACCCGCUAUCAGCACUCCUCAGGCCAAACCAGGAUCAGGGUCACAACUGUCGCCAGGAACUGGGCUGAUGCUCAGACAGGGCAACAUUCCAUAGCUCUUGGAUUUGAUCAAGAAGCGGCAGCAGUACUGAUGGCUCGCCUGGCAGUCCACCGCUCAGAGACAGAUCAGGAUGGAACAGAUGUGUUGCGUUGGGUGGAUCGUAUGCUCAUCCGUUUGUGCCAAAAGUUUGGAGAGUUUACUCCUAAUGAUCCCAACAGCUACAGAUUUCAGGACAACUUCACAAUGUAUCCCCAGUUCAUGUUCCACUUGAGACGGUCACAAUUUUUACAGGUGUUCAAUAACUCACCUGAUGAGACUUCAUUCUACAGAUGCAUGCUGAACCGGGAGUCAGUGAGUGAGUGCCUGACGAUGAUCCAGCCAGUACUCUACAGCUACUCUUUCAGUGGGCUGGAAGCAGUGAUGCUAGAUACCUCCUCCAUCCAGCCAGACCGCAUACUGCUGCUUGACACCUUCUUCUUGGUGCUCAUUUUCCUUGGAGAGACAAUGGCAGCAUGGAAAAAACAAGGCUACCAAGAGCAGGAGGAAUAUGCCAGCUUUAAGGAACUUCUGCAAGUGCCUGUAGAUGAUGCUCAAGAUAUAAUUGCUAACAGGUUCCCCAUCCCUCGCUAUGUGGAGACUGAACAAGGUGGCUCACAGGCUCGAUUCUUGCUGUCCAAAGUGAACCCCUCACAGACCCACAACAAUGCUAUGUAUGGAGGGUCAGCCAUCCCAGACCCCAAUUCAACGGAUGGCGGGGCACCAGUGCUCACGGAUGAUGUCAGCUUACAAGUCUUCAUGGAGCAUCUCAAGAAACUUGCGGUCACCACCAACGCCUGAAAUGUUUUGUAUGAUAUUUAGCUAUAUAUAUUAUAUAUUCCAUUGUACAGUGUUUAAUUUUAAUCAAAUAUUUAUAAUAAUUAAUGUUAGUACUAUGGAGCAAUUAGCAAAUUAUAUAUGUUUGAGUAAAUUACGUUACAAGUUUGUCCCUUUUACCAAAGUCCAACAAGGCACAAUAUUAGGGUGGUGGUUACAUUUUAAACAGAAGUAUUUGGAUAUCAGAGCUGAAGGAUUAUGGAGAUUUUCAUUAGAAAAUAAAGACCACAUUUUC